CUUCUUUUUUGCCUUUCCACCAACUCACAUGUCACCCUCUUCUCCCCAGGCUUCCCUCCUCUCCCAAUUCAAAUUCUACACGAUAUUCUCACUCUUUGACGAUGAUCGAGUGAUGUUAAGUUCCACACAUCCAUCAUUCCUGUUCCCCUUCUUUACUUUCCUCUCCUCAUGAAGUUCUCUUCACCCUCUUCCUCCUCCUUCGACUCUCGCUCCAAUGCUGCUGCAGAUGCUGCCGCAGGCUGCCUGUCGGGAAUUCUGCACCGCAUUCUCUGCGGGAGUCUCCACAGCAGCAAUUUGAGAGAGGGAGAAGAAGCCGAUGAGAUCGAUGCUGCUUUUGGCCGGGUCGAGCAGAAGAGCAUGCGCAGUCCUGGCAUUGUGGCGCGCCUCAUGGGCUUGGAGUCUAUGCCGGUGUAUCCAUAUGCUGCUUCUGAGUUGAUCGGGAGAAGCCGGUCGACGAACUCGCUCGAGAGCUGGCCUGGGUUUCUCUCCGAGAGAAGCCAAAGUCCAGUGGUCCGGACAUCAAUUUCUUUCCGAGAAGUACCGACGUACUUGAGGCAGGAGAAUGAGGACUUCCUGCUUCUGAGCUUCACGCCUGAUGAUAAAGAAGAGACCAUGGGAUCGAAUGGAAUGAGACGUGCGACACGCGUUCGAGAGAUGAAGGAGAGGAAGAGUGAGGACAGGGAUAGAGUGAAGAGGGAAACCAGAAGUAUCGAAGAAAAGAAGAAGAAAAACAGGAGAGAUGAGCAUCGGCACUGUCACAAGAAGAAUGUGCCUCAGAAAAGAAACGAUGAAGUUAAGGACUCAGCGGUCCAUUCUCGAAAGAAGAAUGUUCGUAGGAGGGGCUGUCAAGGUACCAAAGCAGAGGAUUUGAUCAAAUCCACAAAGCACAUAGAAAUGCCAAUUAUGUUGGAAAGAUCCAGCAUUGCGAAAGAAAAGAAGCAGGAAAAUGCUCGAGGGAAAGUGGAAUCGGAAUGCAGCUCCCAAGAUUCCAGCCCUGUUUCAGUUUUAGAUCUUGCAUACACUGAUGAUGACUGCUGUAUCAACAACAAUUCCCCGUCUUCAGAAGAAGAGAAGGAAACAGUGCAGCAGAGCUCAAGAAGAAAGCCAUCAUCAAACUUGGAGAACGUCAGCUGCUUAUCUCCAAGCAUUGGCUUUGCUGCAUUCUCCUCCAAGGAUGAGGGAAUGAGGUCUUUGGAUAAAGAUAGCAAGAGAUCAACGAAGCCGGGACAACCUUGUCCAGAUUUUUCAUACGCUUUGGGAAACAUUUGCAGGCUAGCAGAGGAGGAUCUGAAGAAUUCUGCAUGGAUUUCGAAAGAAAUGUGGAGGUCGGAAGGUGUUGAGGAUAUUGCAGCGGAUCUUGGGCUAGAGAUAUUUGAUCUACUUCUCUGUGAGGUAGUAUGUGAAUUUUCUAACUACAAUGCAUUGUGAAAUUGUACAUGAAAUUUAAAGCUUCCUUUCCCCUGCAAAUUGCUUCAACGAAUAUAUGAACUGAUGCAGAAAAGUUCAUAGUCGAAGUCAUUAUCUCCAGUUAUCAUUUCUUUUU